AUGGACCGGUCGUGGGCCGCCGUCGAGGUCGACCUCGUCGCGACGCUCCGGGCCCUGGGCGUCGCCGACGCGGCCUGCGGCGACCUCCUCUCCGCGACCGCCGCCGGCGGCGUCGCGCUCGCGGCGCUGCCCGCGCCGCCGCCGCCGAAGCCCGGGGACGACGACGACGCCGAGGCCGCGUCCCGCGAGGCCGCGAGCGCCGCCGCGUCGCUCCUCGACGCGCGCGCGCAGCGCUGCGCCGACGCCUGCCGCGGCGUCGAGGCCGCGUGGCGCGCGGCCGCCGCGCGCGCGCCCGGCGACGCCGGCGCCGCCGAGGCCGCGGUCCGCGACGCGGACCAGCGGCGCGCGGCCGCGGAGCACGCCGCGGGCCUCGCCAGGGGCCGGGCCGUGCAGCUCGAGUCGGCGGUCAUCGACCUCAAGAAGCAGCGCGACGCCGCGCAGAGGCGCGCGGACCUCGCGGAGCGCGAGCACAAGAUCACCCCCUACCCCGAGAAGCUCGCCGCGCAAUCGGCGCCCGCGCCCGAGCCCGACGCGAAGCGCGCGCGCACGGAGGCCGCCGCGGCGCCGCCGGCGGCGCCGGCGGCCGGCGGCGCGGCGGCCGAGGAGGCCGCGCGGCUCCGCGCGCGCGUCGCGGACCUCGAGGAGCAGGUCAGCGGCGCCUUCGAGACGCGCAUCCAGCUCAAGAUGGCCGUCGACGCCGGCGUCCAGGCCUUCUCGGCCCUCGAGUCGAGCAGGGCCAUGGAGGUCGCCGAGGCGCGCCACGCGUGCCUCGCGGAGCACGCGAACGGCCGCGACCUGAAGGCCGCGCUGAGCGACGCGGAGGCGCGCGCGAAGCGCUUCGCGGGCGACCGCGACGCCAACGCGGCGGACCGCGACGCCGCGGCCGGCGACGCGGACCGGAGCCGCGCGCGCGUCGCCGUCGCCGAGGCGCUGGGCCGCGGCGCGGCGCGCGACGCGCUCGGCGAGUGGGCGGAGAAGCUCGAGGCGACGGCGGCGGCGCGGCGGUCCGCGGAGGAGGCGCGCGACGCGGCGGCGGCGCGCGCCGACGCCGCGGCGCUGGCCGCCGACGGCCUGCGCAAGGCCCUCGAGGUCGAGCGCGCGCGCGCGGACGAGACGGCCGCGCUCAACGGCGGCCUCGAGGCGCAGCUCGAGGCCGCGGCGCGCCGCGAGGCGAUAGUCGCCGCGCCGCCGCCCGAGGAGGGCGAGGUCGACGACGACCAGGCCACGGCCGGCGCGACGAACGAGGGUUUGAGGGAUGCGCUCAAGCGCACGGAGGAGGUGAACCGGAGUUUGCUCGAGGAGGUCGACGCGACGGCGACCACCUUCACGGACCUCCGCGACCAGAACAAGCGUUUGUUGGAUCGCGCCGGCGCGCUCGACGCCUGCUACCGCGCGACGCUCUCCGACGUCGCGGCCGCGCGGUCCGCCGCGAAGCGCGAGGUCGCCGCGCGCGACGCGCUCCGGGCCAAAGUCGACCACACGGAGUACGUCGUCAACGAGAUGAAGCAGCUCCUCAACGCGCGGUCCACCGUCGCCGAGGACCUCGAGCGCGAGCACGGCUUGGCCGUGGCCAACGCCGCCGCGGCGACGUCCGAGGUCGGCCACCUCAAGGGCCAGCUCGCCGCCGCGCGCCUCGAGCAGGACGCGGCCGCGCGCGACCUCGACGUCGCGCGGGGCCAGCUCAAGCGCUUCCACGAGGACCUGAGCGCCAAGCUCGCGGACGAGACCACGGCCAAGGCGCGCGUCCAGGACCAGCUCAAGGCCAUGGAGCGCAAGCACACGAAGCUCGAGGGCCAGCUCAGCCGCUCCGUCGACGACCUGCGGAAGGAGAAGCACCGCAACGGCGCCGGCACGGACGAGAUCUCGCGCAGCACGAUCCGCGACCUGCGCGAGAAGAUCGCCUGCAACGUCUGCAACGACCGCGAGAAGACGACGUGCCUCACGCGCUGCAUGCACGUCUUCUGCCGCGAGUGCGUCGACCAGGUCAUCGAGACCCGCUCCCGCAAGUGCCCCGCCUGCCACAAGCCCUUCGGCGCGAGCGACGUCAAGGAGAUCUACUUCUGCGCCUAGGGGCUCGUUAAGGCGAUGUUCUGGCGGG